UAUCGAAUAUAUUUUUGUAAUUUAGUAGAAGCAUGAAAAAAAGUCGUUCUUAAUGAGAUUUUUAGUGUAAAUUUGUUGAACUAUUCGCAUUUGUGGCUUGAAUUACGAUAAAUUGUUUUUUAAUGGCUUAUAUUUCUCUCUAGUAAUUGGGAAAUCAAGGAAGAAUUCACAUUUAACUAAUAGAAAAUAAUCCAAAGAUAGUAAAGUGGAAGGAAUCUGCACGUGGUUAUUGUGAUUAGCGUGUAAUUUUAAAUAAUUUUUUUUUUUCAAAACUUUUAGUUUUUGCCUUUUAGAAGCAAACUAUGAGAUUUCAAGAAUUCCCAGAAAUACUUAAAAUGCCAAACAUUCAAAUCGUUAGAUAAUAUAUUAACAGUUGGUAAACUUGCUUAAGAUUUUCGAAAAAUCAUCAAGUUUGUAAAAUCAAUUUUAUGUCAUAUUAUACCAUUAGUUAAUGUAUUUGUAGAGUUGUGGGAUAGGUUAUAAGAUACUAUAUUUGACAAAAACCAACACACUACUAAGGUUAUAGCGUAAUUCCUAUAGGAAACAAACACUCCAAAAGGGAUCCAGUAUCCGGGAGCAAUUCUUUACCAAGUUAUUCUGCGCCAAACUUUCCUUAUGUCGCUUGUUUUGGCUCACGCAAACGAAUUGGCUCUUACUUAAUUAAAAGAUGCUGUUGUUUACUAAAUAUAUACAGAUAAGGUUAAUUAAUUCUAGCAAAUACUUUUUAGUUUUCUUAUGGUAAAUUAAACAGCAUUGACUAUAAGUGAGGUAAUCUGUAAAACAGAUAAAAUUUGGGCAUUAAGUAUUUUUAGUGAUCUCUUGAAGAAAAUCAAUUUUAACCAGUAGUUUAGGAUUCAUUUUUAAGAUUUUAAAUUGGUAAAAUCUUAUCCAAAAUACUUUAUCUUUUUUCUAUUUAUUUUACAAAUUUUCUAUUUAUAUUGCUUAUUUUUAGAUUCACUACUUUCGUAACUAAAUCAAAAUUGUUGCAUACAGAGGAUAUUGAUCAUCCAAUGCAUAUCAUUUCUUCUGUGAGGAAAAUAUGCAGUUCAAAUGACAAUUCUCAGAGAAUCUGUCAGAAAAUUAAGAUUUUCUUGCUACGAAAACAAUUUCUGGAUGAUUAAAGAUAUUGAAGUUGAUUUUUAUCUAAAAAAAAAUUGAGGAUAUUAUAUCAUUUGUCCCCAUUAAUGUUCUGUGAUCAAAAACAUAUAAAUUCUAAAUGUGGAGCUUAAAUAUUUAACUGUUCUAUAUAGCUAUUAUUAUUAUACACACAGAAAAUCAUGAUGCCAGAUGGUAAAAAGUCACAUUAUUGUUACUGCAAUAUCAUACUGUUUGGCAUUUUUAUGCUAAGGUGACUGUAAAAAAGUAGUCAAUGUCACUAAUGAUAGAAAAGUACAUUAAAUAGUCAUUUAUUAAAGCUAUUAUGAAGCUUGUUGUAGAGUAUGAGUGAAUUAAAAAAAAAAAAAAAAGAUGCCUUUAUUCAGUAAAAAGUUUUCGCCAAAGAAAUCGUCACCUCGCAAAAUACCGUCCAUAUCCAGACUGCAUAGAGAAUUCGAUCCGGCCCAGAACCAGACUGAAUUUGGUUUAGAAUACGGACCAAUUACCGUAAAACUUGGAAAUCAGGAAUCCAUAUUCAAAGAUGGGAAAUGGCAAUCAACAUCUUAUGCUGAAAGUCCCAAAACUGUGAUACAACUAAAGAUACAAAAUGAAGAGUUGCAGAAAGAAAAUAACUUACUCAAAUUAAAAGUAGAAAUAUUAUUAGAUAUGCUAGCAGAAACAACAGCAGAAGUUCAUCUACAAGAAACAGAGAUUGAACAGUUAAAAUCAAAACUUAAUAUGAAAAGUGCAAUUUAGUGUAGAAUUGUUAUGCAUUUGUAAUAUAUUCAGAUAAUUUUAUAACUUUGCAUAAACUUUGUAUAAAUUUCCAUUUUAUCAUAAAAAAAAUACAAAAUAAAUAAAAAACUUUUAUUUUUAAUACCAUGACUA